UUGAUGCCAUGUAUUAUUUUCGUUCACAACGUUAAGACUUGAAUACAUAUUUCACUCACAAGUACCAUCUCCUAAAAGAACAACGUAGGAUGACCGUGCAUUUUACUGCAGGCGCGAUUCUGUCAACAACGGGUGUCUGUACUGGAGGAGUGUCCAAAUCCUUGAACGCUGCGAACAGCGAGCUGAUAUUUCAGAAUGUAUACAGAGGGGCGUUCUAAGGGGGAACAAAGGCAUGCUCAGGUCUAUACAUUGCACUCGCUUGAACACACCACAGGAUGAAUGACGUGCGAUGUACUUAAAUGAACCAGGAACGCCUGUAAUUGUAUAUACCAACAGUUAGGGACGCUGUCCUUAAAGAAUCGGACCAUCGGCGCGACUCCACAGGUUCCCGUUGCGUGCAGUUUCUGAACUAAAAACGUCAUGACUGCAAGGGUUUUAAACUGGCACAAGGCUCCAUGGAGGCUCUACCCAGGAGUUUGUUGUCCUGUAAACAGCUACCUUCACACGAGCGGUUGCUCGGCCGCUAAAGAGCACUAUAAGGUGGUUGUGCUUGGAGGGGGAAGUGGUGGCAUAGCAAUGGGUGCCCGCAUGAAAAGGAAGGUUGGCGCAGCGAACGUGGCCAUCGUUGAACCCAGCGAGAUGCAUUACUACCAGCCCAUCUGGACAUUAGUUGGAGCGGGGGCCAAAAACGUAGGCUCAUCUGGCCGGCCCACUGCCAACGUGAUACCUUCUGGUGUGAAGUGGGUGAAAUCAAGUGUGAAGGAAUUCAGCCCUGACAAGAACACCAUCCGCACAGCGAAUGGGACAGAGAUUUCUUAUGAAUAUUUGAUAGUGGCCCUUGGCAUCCAGCUACACUAUGAAAAGAUCAAAGGCCUUCCAGAGGGUUUUGAACACCCAAAAAUUGGCUCAAACUACUCAUUGCAGACAGUCGAAAAGACCUGGAAUGCACUCAGAAACUUCAAGGAGGGAAAUGCUGUCUUUUCUUUUCCUAAUACACCAGUCAAGUGUGCUGGGGCACCACAGAAGAUCAUGUACCUCUCAGAUGCUUACCUUAGAAAGACAGGAAAAAGGUCGAAGGCCAACAUUAUAUACAACACGUCAUUGCCAGUGCUGUUCGGUGUCAAGAAAUACGCUGAUGCUUUGUGGGAUAUUGUGAAGGCCCGUGACUUAAACGUUAACCUCAGGCACAAUCUCAUUGAGGUCAGAGCAGACAAACAGGAAGCAGUGUUUGAGAACCUCGACAACCCCGGUGAAACAAAAGUCUUUGAGUAUGAGAUGCUUCAUGUCACUCCACCAAUGGGGCCACCUUCAGCACUGAAGGGCUCGUUAUUAGAGGAUGAAGGUGGGUGGCUGGACGUGAAUAAGGAAACCCUGCAGCAUAAAAAGUAUCCCAAUGUGUUUGGGAUAGGGGAUUGCACCAAUUUGCCAACAUCCAAAACAGCUGCUGCAGUAGCCGCGCAAUCCGCUGUCCUUGACCGAACGAUUACAAAAGUGAUGAAGAAUGGCCAGCCUGAUAAAAAGUAUGAUGGCUAUACCUCGUGCCCCUUGGUCACCAGCUAUAAGUCAGUCAUUCUGGCUGAGUUUGACUACAAUGGGCAGCCACUAGAAACGUUCCCUGUGGACCAGAGCAAAGAGAGCAGAGUCAUGUUUCACAUGAAGGCUGAUGUUAUGCCGCAUCUGUACUGGCAUGGUCUGCUCAAGGGACUUUGGGGUGGCCCAGGACCAUACAGGACCAUGAUGCACCUGGGAAUGAAAUAAAACAAAUAAGUAAGACAUAGAAGGGGAUCAAUAGGUUCAUUUUCUCUAAGCAUUAUCUAUAUAGCCUUUUUCACCUCUAUGUUUUUACAUGGAGAUAUGCUGUAUCAUGAUAGUGUAGUGUGAGCAGAACACGCUAUCUUGCUGGUCAUUUUAAAAAUAUAGUAUGAUGAAACAGGUAAUUAUGUACUAGUGGUAUUUAAAGAGUAAAUAAAUGCUCCUAUUUAAAAUACAAAAUAAAGCAACAAAAAGCCUACUUUUUUUACAUUGUUGCUUUAGAGGAGUAGUGUUGCUUUUAAACAGGGAUCACUUACAUAUUUUACAGUCAGUUAUACUUUUGUAAGACCUAGCUGAAACAAACAGAUUUCUUGCUCAGAUAAACAAAGAGUAUCUAGGAGAAGUUUAGAAGUUUAAUAUUCAUAUCGUGGUGCUUAACGUCUGAACAUAACAUGUUUUAAGCACUAAGAGGGGUGUGACAUCCCUCCCCCCCAAAAAAACAGAUUAAAAGAAAAGAAUUUGUGUGCUACUGGCAAUGUGUGAUGUUCCUCCAUAUCAGUUAUAAAUAAAAAACAGGACUGCAAAUAAAACAUGUAGUCACAUAUGAAACAC